GCGGCGCGGAGGGAGCGCGGCCCCGCGCGGCCCCGCACGGCCCGGCGCGGGCGGCAGAACCUCCCUCCAGAACUGCCUUUCAGCGUGAUGGGCCCAAGAACACCAGCGAGGAUUCUCCAGCCACGUAGCUGCUGACCCAGGGGUGCUGCCGGGCACCGCUGCCAAUGCAGAGCUCAGGGCAGAGCAGGGCAGAGCCACCGCUCCGCUCGCCCAUGGCAGCCCCUUCCCGCCGCGCCCCGGCCCGGCUGCAUGGUGUGGGUGCCCCUGAGCCCCACGAGCAGUGACCGCCGGGCCCCGCUGCGCGCUCCCAGCACCACCACCAUGUCUUUGGAGUGGCUGACGGACUGGAGCUGGUCCCUGGACGGACUCCGGGAUUUCAUCGCCACGGGCAUCCAGUCUUUCCGCGACUGCGACGCCACGGCCCUGGUGGCCGUCGCCUGCCUGCUGGUCCUCUUCGUGUGGUACUGCUACCACGUGGGGCGAGAGCAGCCCCGCGCCUACGCCACGGUGAACGCGCUGAUGCAGAGCGCCGAGGCCAACGGGGUGCAGAACGGCUUCGUGUACUGCCAGUCGCCCGAGUGCGUGCGCUGCUCGCACCACGACGGCCUCAACCAGAAACUCUACCACAACCUGCAGGAGUACGCCAAGCGCUACUCCUGGUCCGGCAUGGGCAGGAUCCACAAGGGCAUCCGCGAGCAGGGCCGCUACCUCAACAGCAGGCCCUCCAUCCAGAAGCCAGAAGUCUUCUUCCUGCCCGACUUGCCCACCACGCCCUACUUCUCGCGGGACGCUCAAAAGCACGACGUGGAGUUGCUGGAGCGCAACUUCCAGACCAUCCUGUGCGAGUUUGAGACCCUGUACAAGGCGUUCUCAAACUGCAGCCUGCCGCAAGGAUGGAAAAUGAACAGCACGCCCAGCGGGGAGUGGUUCACCUUCUACCUGGUGAACCAGGGCAUGUGCGUGCCCAGGAACUGCCGGAGAUGCCCACGGACGUACCGCUUGCUCGGGAGCCUCCGCACCUGCAUUGGCAACAAUGUCUUUGGGAACGCCUGCAUCUCUGUGCUGAGCCCGGGCACCGUCAUCGCCGAGCACUAUGGGCCCACCAACAUCCGCAUCCGCUGCCACCUCGGUCUGAAGACACCCAGCAACUGCGAGCUGGUGGUGGGGGGCGAGCCCCAGUGCUGGGCUGAGGGCCGGUGCCUGCUCUUCGAUGACUCCUUCCUGCACACGGCGUUCCACGAAGGUGCCCCAGAGGAAGGUCCUCGCGUGGUGUUCAUGGUGGACCUGUGGCACCCCAACGUGGCGGCGGCCGAGCGCCAAGCCCUCGACUUCAUCUUCGCGCCGGGACGAUGACGGCGCUGCCCGGCCUGGUGGGUUCAGGGCAGCUCUGCCGGGGCCCUCUCCCGGCUCACAGCCUCGGUGCUCCCUCCCGGGGGUGUUGUAAAUGGAAACUGUGACGUGUAUCCGCGCCCAUCCUCUUCCUCCAUCGUUGGCUUCAGGGAUUCUUUUGCAAGCGCCGGCACCUCGGCCCCGCCGGGGCUCGCUGCCCCCCUUGCUCCAUCGUGUUCUGUUGCUAACUGUGUUUUGUGGUGUUCAGAAGUAGAGUAACAAACCCAAGGGUGCUCGUUUGAAUGUAAUGUAAAAAUUUUCCUCGUGGUCAUCAAAGGAACAACACACACACACACCAUAACAGCCAACCAGCCUGCCCUGCCCGGGAUGGACGGACUGAUGGACACUGGGGGCUGCCAUGGGCACUGUGCUCCCCCCAGGUUGGGUGUGAUGGGCUGGGCAGGGCACGGCUCUGCUCACAAAGAACCCUCCUGGGGCUCCUGCUUCCUCCUCCAUGUGCCAGCUGGGGCUCCCCAGCCCUCCUGCCCUCAGAAACCCCUUUUGUCACCCAGGCAGGGAGCAGAGUCCAUCGCCAGCCCAGCCAGGCAGGAGCCCUGACCUCCACCCUGCUAAGGGAACAGCACGCGCAGUCGUGCUCUUCAGUCUGACCAAGGGUGUUAGCAAUUGCCCAAUUCCCUUCCUUGCUCUAUUUGCAACCCUCAGUUUUCCCAGCUCCCAGCUGGGAGGCCCUGCAGGGGCAGGGAUGCUGUUUGGAAACAGAGAAUGGGGGUUUUGUCUGUCUGUAGGAAAAAAGGAGGUCACCAUUCCUUCUGCUGCUCCAUCUUCUCCUUUCCUCAAGCCAGGGCAGGCACACACAGUGGCAGCUCCCAUGGACCUGACACCACAGGACAGAUUCCCAAGGGGGGGGUUAAUUCUACAGCCUGAGCAAUGAGGUCCUGCCCACCAAGGGACCACCACGCUUUUCCUGAAGUCCCCUCAUCUGUUUUGGGGUCUGGGGGCUGGUUUUAACACCCCCCCAAAGCACAGUGUGUGGUGGAUGCUCACAGCUCUGCCUGGGGACCCUUUGCCUCUGUGCCCUGCCCGGGAGGGACCAGCCCUGUCCCCCAACAACUUCUUUACAGACUUUUCAGUGAGUCGAUUGCAAGAGGAGGCAGAGAUUUCAAAUACAUCUGAGAUAUUUUUUACACCCGUCUUGUUACAGACUACCUGAAGUGCAUGAUUUCUACACGCAUUGGCUACCUGGACACAGGCCCUGGGGAAGCAGGCUGGCUCUGUCCAAAGGUUGGUAACAUUCAUACAGUGGAUAAGCAAAGAUUAUCAAUAAACAGUU